AUGGGUAGGGAGUGGUAUUUUGCUGGAAGAUCAUCAAAGAGAGGUGUAGUAGUGGGAGGAGGAGGAGGAGGAGGUGAAGCUGAAGCACAAGAACCUUCUGGGUGCAUGUGUGCUGUUUUUCAGUUAUUUGAUUUUCAUCCCUUUCAUUUUCCCAACAUAAACCAACAACAAACCUCUUUCAAACCACCUUCAUGCUCUUUAGAAGACCAUACCAGAGUCUCCAAAGGUGCUGAAGCACCUAGGAACAGCUUGGAAUCAGAGGAUGGUGAUGGUCAUGUUUCAUCUCUCUCAUCAAAAGAAGAAGAUUUUAAAAUUCCUAAGAAUAUUGUACAAAUUAAGACAAGUGGAGGCACAACAACAGGUGGUGGAAAUUUGAAUGACUUGCCUGCAGAAAUCACCAGCUCACCAGGGACAAAGACACCAACUUUGGUGGCCCGGUUGAUGGGUUUGGAUCUUCUUCCAGGGACACACUCACCCUCUUUUUCUUCUUCUUCUUCUUCAUGCCUUUCCACUCCAAACCCACUGGGCAAUGUGCCACAUCUGCACCGCCACUUGAGGCACAAACAACAUAUCCAAACCAAGCAUAGAAACAGUAUAGACAGCAGUGACAUUGCAGCCACGAGAUCUUUGCCCGAGACACCAAGAAUCUCCUCAUCAAGAAGAUCAGAUGUUGAUUACCACCACAGAUUCUCGCUUCAAAUCAACAAGGAAAACAUGAACCUUGGUGAGGAUUUGGAGCUCCCUAGGCUCUCAUUUUCCAAAAGAAAAUGUGAUGAGAACAAUGGCAGGAGUCCAAGCCACUAUGCCAGGCAAAUAGUCAAACAGGUAAAGGAAAGUGUGGGAAGAAAAGUUGGCCAAGACAUCACCAACAGUCUCAAAACAAGAGAGGAAAUUGUAGGCCAACUCAAGAGCAAAAAAUCUCCCAAAACAUCAUCACUGAAAGCCAUUGAUGAAUCUGAAACUAGCCCACUAAAAGCACAGCCAAACACAUCUUCCUAUUCCCCAAGGCUUAGAUUCAUUGACAAGCACAAACCAAGCGCCACAACCACACCAUCACCACUCACCCCAGAUGACCAAAACAUGCUGAAACUGCCACCACCUCCUCCUCCAGUUAACACUCAGCUUCCAAGAGUUUUAACAAAACCAAAGCCUCAAGUAUUAUUGUUACCGCAGCAGCAAGAUUUUCACCAGAACAACCCAAAAUGCAAAAAGUCUACCAAUGAAAAGUUCAACUCAAGGCUCAAAAGACCUCCACAGACAUCAGACAUAAUCAGAAACAAACAAGAAGAAUCAUUCAUCAUUCGUCCCACAUCGCCAACUAGAGCCAGUGACACCAAAAGCUCCAAAAGCAAGAAAACUCAUCCAUUGUCAAGUAAUCUCCUCAACAACAUCAACAGUGUACCAAAUCUUCUUCCUGUCAAGAUAGACCAUUCUCCUCCAGCUACCAAAAUUCUUUCAAAACAGUCACAGGUGUGUGAUAGUCAAGAGUCCAAAAGCAGCUCACAGUUAUCUAGUUGUUCGCGCCAGAAGUACAAACAAGAAGGAACAACCGCACUCGCCACCCGAGAAACAUCACAGAACAAACCUAACGGUGCCUCCGCCACCACCGGAGGAGCACCCCAAUCUCACACCCCACAAGAGCUUCACUACAUCACAGCAAUCCUAGCCCGUACAACUGCCCUAAACGUAGAGGGCACCCCCACAAACCCAACAUUGCUGUCCCUCCACCGCCACUGGUUCUCCCCAACCCACCCACUUAACCCAUCAAUCUUCCUCCAUCUCGAAGACCCCGCCGCCGACAAAGAUCUCAGCUUUGCCCCGAAAGACCAACUGGGUCACCGUUGGAACCGGAAGUUACUAUUCGAUCUGGUGGACGAGAUUCUGAAGGAGAUUCUGCAAGAGAGAGAGAAGAGGCUUUGGUUUUCGAAGGAUGUUGCUGGUUGUAGGCACAGUGGGAGCGUUGUGGAGAGGGUGUGGAAGAGGGUGGGGGAGUUCCCACGUGCCAAGUGUGAGGUGUUGGAGGACAUCGAUGGGUUGAUUGAAGGAGAGGACAUGGAGAGAGAGAAGGAUGGUGAAGGGUUGGAGGAAGAAGGAGAAGGGUUGGUGGCAGAGAUUGAAGGGAACAUAUGGGGCACGUUAGUGCAUGAAACGGUUAUGCUUAUGGAUUUGCUUGGGAAAUGUGAGAAUAGAGAAAUUAUUAGAUGA